AUGGCGAAGGUGUCGGCCAGCACGCACCAGGACCCGGCCAUCCUAGACAUGAUGGAGAUCAGCAAGAAGCGCCCGCCGAAGCUAAAGUCUGCCGACCGGACCGUGUCGGUCCGCAUCGACAACUACUCACCCGGCAGUGGUGGUGUUGCGGGUGGUGGAGGAUCGUCCGGGGGUGGUGGUGUUGGUGGUGGCGGCAGUCGGGAGGGUAGCGGGAGUGCUACGGGUGGCAGCAGUCCAAUCAUGCUGGACAGCAGUUUGAUCCUGCACCAUAGUCCGGUCGAGCGGCUGUCCCCAAUACCGUUGGCAAAGCAUUCACCCGAUCCGAAGAUAUUCUUCCGUAGUGAAGCAUCGCCGACGUCGCUGAAGGUGGAAGAUCCGUGGAGCAUCGCCCGGAAGCAGUUUCGCCGGUCGGACACGCUGCACGUGUACUCGCCCUCGAUGCAUCAGCUGCGCAAGGCCACCUCGUUUCAUUCGCGCAGCAACAGCGGUGGGUCGAACCCGGACGAGAUAGUGGCCGCCCCGAUCAUACGGCACAGCAGCGUCCGGCACACACAUAUCUAUCCGCGCGAGUAUCUGGUGAAGCAGGACAGCGGGGGAGGCGUCAGUAGCGGCGGCGGUGAGGACGAGGAUGAGGGGCUGACGGUGGCGGCCGCGGCGGCCGCAGCAGCAGCGGCCAACUACCGUCAGCAUUCGCCGAACGUGAACGCCAACCGGCGGAACUGUCAUAUGCAUCGUUCGUUCAACGACCAGCAGAAGCGAAACGCGGCCUUCCUCCGGAGGGACUCGGUCAAGUUCCAUUCGCUCGGCGAGGACAUGCCGGCGGAGGUGGUGGAUCGGAGUCCGCGCGAGGCGAAAAAGUUCAGCUCGGCCAAUGCGUCGCUCGAGAACGAAAUCUAUCGAUCGCGCAGCAAUAGCCGCACGGACAAGAAGGGCGAAUCGUUCUCGGAGUUCGUGAGCCGACAGAACAGCAAGAAGUACAACCAGAAGAACAGUACCACCAGCCUCGAUCAGGCGCUACCGUACGUGGGGGGCAGUGGGGGCGGUAGCUUCCGAAGGUCGCUGAUCCAACAUUCGAACGCACACCUGCUCAGCCCGAACCCACCGUUUCUGGACGACUUUAAGCCCCAGAAGUCGCCCAUCUUCGACCAGAAGAAGUCGUACUCGCUGCGGUACAAGAACGGGCGCCAAGAUGCGCGCGAAAACUUUAAAGCGAAAAAGUCGAAAAGCUUCAUCGUGGAUCUGGAACCACCGCCGCCGGCGAUUAUCAGCGCGACCGGUAGCCCGUACCGCAAGGACAGUAUGGCGUUCACGCCCGAGGAGGCGGACAAGAUUUACAAAGCGUCCCGGAAGCUUUCCUCCAACCUGAUGCUGGACGACAUUGGCCGGACGGAGAUAUCGCCCAUCCCGAUGGACAUCAUGGACAUCAACUAUGGCGUGAUCAUGAAAACGUACCAGAUGAAUCGCCAAAAGUCGCUCGGUGCGUCGCGCAAGGGUCGGCGAAAGUUUGCCGACAAGAAGCUGGCGGGCAGCAGCUUCGACGACGAUACGGAGUCGUCGAAAAAGCGCAAACGCAUCGUCUGCAUCGUUAUGACCGUCUUCCUUGUGCUGGCACUGUUCAGCGUGCUGGCGGUGCUGGUAACGCUCACCCAUACCAGCUCCGGCAGUUCCGGCACGUCCACGCAAACCAAGACACAGUACACGUUCGCGCGCGACACACCAAUCCACGCCAUCCCAACGUACAUGGUGUCGAAGGACUCGCCGAAACACUACAACGGUGCCAAUUGA